AUGAGAUACGCUGCUUUAUUACCUAUUGCCGUUUUAGCUUCCUCUGUUCUUACUGCAGAACUCCAAGAAAGAGAAGAUUUUGGUUUUACUGACGACAACGACUGGUUCGACGAUGACGAUGACGGGUAUGAUACCGAUAAUGGCGGGCCACUUCCGAGCGCAGGAACUACGAUUGGCCCAGUAGUUGUUCCUCAACCACAAUCAUCCGGAACUGUUGAUGACAAUGACGGGUACGAGACUGAAGACUGGAUCGACACAGAUGAUGACGGGUAUGAUACCGANUAUCAAUAUAAAAAUGGUUAG